UUCAGCAUUUCGACUGAACAGUGCACAUGUACAUAGGGUAAUCACACCGGUUGGGUAGGUUUCUACUCUCACCAGGCAUUCGUGGAAGGGUCAGAAAGAAAGAACUAUAUCCCCAGGGGAUUUAUAUGUUAUUAAGGCUCCAAACAUAAGCUAGCAGGCGAGAAUUUGGCGUCGAAUUUCUCCAUUCUAUGGCACAAGCAGCAACCAGUGACAACUAAGACAUGCAUCGGAAACUUUCAGUGUUCGUCACAGUGUCACUGUUAUCACUAUCGACUAUCAUUGUCUUCUACACUGGAAACUUCGGACUACAUACUCGGCGCUUCGUUCAUGACAUACACCUGUCUCCGCAUUUAAGUUUCCAAACGACACAGUCGGACUCUCCCGCGUCCAUUCCGUCAAAUCACUCCUCAAUCCAGAAUGAUCAGGAUAUCAGAAAGAGCAGUCGGAAUCUCAAGGUCAAUGGAGACGAAAAGCCUACACAAGCGCCAAACAAAACUGCAAAAUGUGUCAGGCAGGACAACUUCGUUUUUGCAAAGGUUCACAAGUGUGGUUCCACCACAAUUCAGUCCAUAUUCUUCCACUACGGGUACAACCACAAGCUGAUAGUGGCACUACCGAGAACCAAUCGUAAAGCAUGGAUCGGAAAACCUCACAGCAUCACAGAGAAGUCCUACAAACCGACCCCUGAUGGAAAACAGUGGAACAUCUUCAACCACCACAGCGUGUACGACAAGGAAAUGUUUCUAAAGCUGAUGCCAAAAGACACAAAAUUCCUCACCAUUCUCAGACAGCCAAUAAGCCGACUAAGUUCAGCUUUCAACUACUUCAGUCUGCACAAAUACUUCACAAAUAUGCUAAACGUCAGUGUUGAACAGAGACAGUCGCCAAUCCAGAUAUUCUUGAGCGCCCCGUGGUAUUGGGAGCAACAUUUCCACCCAGUGCGCUCGGCAUAUGGCUCACUCAACGACCUUGGUUGUAUCCGAAACUGUAUGGCGCAAGAUCUAGGAAUGGAGAAAAGUCAAUACAACAAGCCUGACGCCGUAAAACGUUACAUAGAAAAACUGGGCAAAGAUUUUACGACAGUGAUGAUUCUAGAGAAGCUGGAAGAAUCGUUGGUGCUUUUGAAAAGGCGAAUGUGUUGGUCUCUUCAGGAUAUAAUCUUUUGGGAGAAAAAGCAGUUCAAGAAGAGACCAUACGUUGUCAGAGCCGGAGAUUUGAGGUUUCGCGGGUCAGCCCUCAAAACGGAUUUCACAGAUAAAAUGCUGCAUAACUACGAAAUGUACAGCAACAUUGACUUUCAGAUAUACGACUUUUUCUAUGACAAACUCACAAAAGACAUUGCUGAAGAAGGACAAGACUUUCUUGAAGAAGUAGAACACUUUAAAGACAUACUGAGCAAAGUAGCCUCUUACUGCAUAUCUAAACGCAAACCAAAGAUAGCAUGGGCCAAGGCGUCAAAGUGGAACACGCCAUUUUCUAUAAACGAGAAAUACUGUCAGUUGUUGAGCGAAGAGAGACCAGGCUGGGAUAGGAUAUUACGAGAACACUAUUAUGAUAAUAUGGAUAAACAAUGAUAAAGCGGAUGACAUAGGAUUGUGCAUA